UGGAUUCGCAUUUCUUGCACAUGUCAAUCAGUGGGAACCGGUAACGCAUUCUGACGACGACGAAAAACGCGAUGGCCAAUUCAAACUCGUCCAAAAUACUCGAUUUGAUGCACAAACAACUCCGAAAAUCACUAAAGAACAUUGAUUCACUCAGAGACGCCUGGAAAGUCACUUCGAGUGCAGCUUUGUCAUCCAUAAAUUCACUACAAAAUGUUAUUGAGCAGUAUCACUGCACCCUACGGUGUGUUCAGUCCCAAACACCAGAUAUCAUGCUGGUAAAACGUUUUCCAGACAUUCUCAAGGGUGUUCAAUACAAACUGAUUCAAGAAAUGGAACUUCUGAUGGAGAAGCUUAGAAAUGCAAUAGAUGAACUUCAGGCCAUCCAUUCCAAAGUGCACCAACAGUACAUCAACAGUAUGACUGUCUACAAGAAGAAUGCAGACUAUCUACCACUGGACAUGAUUACAACAGGAACAGCCACCUGGCCGUCUAUUGCUGAUAUCCUGGAAUGGCUGAAGGAUCUGGACUCCCUGUUUAGUUUCCUAUAUGAAAAUCAAAGACAAGUCCUGGCAACUGUUGACUACGAAAAUGAGGAGCUUAUGCAAAAUCUAUCUAAGAAUUGGAACAGAGGCUACAAAGAGACAGAGGAAUCUCUUGAGAAUGUGCUGGCACAUGUUUCAUUCUUCCUGGCAGAUGGAUGAGGGACUUAUGAGAGGAACAGCUUAUAUCUUCAAGAGAAUGCCUGACCUAUAUCAUCCCAAAAGUGGGUCAGAACAUGGGUGCUCCAUUCGAGUCAUGAAGAGACAUUGCACUGCUACAAUGUUCAGAGAUGUAGAUGGAGAGGUUAAAACAAUAAAGUCUGAUAAUCAUUUAACCAUCUUUCAGUGCUACCCAGAGUUGACAAUGCGGAUACUAAUUCUGUUUCGGUUGAAAACUGCGAACAACCUGACUAAACCUUGUUUGGUUUUACUAUUUAUGAAUUCCAAGUGAUUGAUUUAUUUCAUUUGCCCUGUAUACCUGAGCGGAUAACCAAUGGAAGUUUGACACUGAAAGCUUAUUUCCAGUGGUUAAGGGAUGAUGAAUUUUUGUUUCUGAAGUAUAAAAGAUGAAACAGCUCUGAUUAUAUAAGUUUAUAGAAAUUCUCCCAUUUUGUUUAUCAAUGACCAUUUGAGAAUAUACCAAGCAUGUAAUGUCAAACCAAACAAUUUUAGUAAAGGUCCACUAUGUUGGAGUUCUCUUCUUCUGGGACUGUAUUAAUAACUGCUGAAUUCUUAGGGCUAAACAUUUGUUUUGUCCCAGAUACAGCAUACAUCUUGUUAAGAGACUACAAUAGUCAAUCAAGUUUUCACAAGAAAGAGCUUUUUUCAUCCAUGCAAUCAUUGCAAUAUGUAGUAUUGGCUUGACCAAGCAAAGCACAUAGAUUGCCUUGAGAGUGUGGUUUUUAAUAACCAUUUGAUAGCCUAUCCACUGAUUUGAAAUUAGACAGAAAGUAAUACAAACUAUGUAUGACAAUGCAAUUUUGAAGUUUGGGGGAGCUUUGAAUUUUUCCAUUCCACCACAUAAAUAAAAUCUGAAAAAAUGAAACUUAACAUUGGCUGCACUGGUUUGAAAAAUCAAACUUACACAUUCAGCCAAAUUUUCUAAGGAAUAAAAUGUUUUUUAUGUACCAAUACAAAUUCAAUCUCAUACUUUUGUUUUUAUCUUCCAAUAUUCACAUUUUUAUGAGUUUACAAUGAAUAAAAUCAAUACAAGGAGAAAUGUAUUCACGUUAAUUUAUUUGUCGUCCUCAGUACUAUUAAAAGCAAUAGGGGAGAAACAACUUCAAUAAUACAACAAUGUAAGUCUUCACGAGCAAUGUUAGGUACUUUUGUCUGCAAAAAUAGCCUCAAAGGGCCUUAUUAAGUUAUUGGCAACCUUUUUUUUUUCUGGAAAAAUAGCCGUAACAAGCCCAAUUGGCUACUUUGGUCUUGACAGUAACCGUGACUAACCUGGUUGGCCACUUUUUUGUGUGGAAGCCUUGGCUGCAUAUUCUAAGAAAAGCUUUAGCAUUCACUGUUUGCUGGUUACCUUUG